AUGCCUAAUGCAGUGCUAAUCGGGACUUUGAAUGAUAGAUUAUUGCUUGCAAAUCCAACUGAAAUAAAUCCAAGACAAAAAAAGGGCAUGGAUAUAAAACACUGUCUUGUAGGGCUUCUAGAACCUCUUCUUAUUGGAUUUGGCACCAUGCAACAAAUUUUUGAACAGAAGCUUGACUUGUCAGAGAUAUUAUACCAAAUAACAUCAAGGUUUGAUAGUUUACGGAUUACUCCAAGAUCUCUUGAUAUUCUUGCGACUGGUGAACCUGUGUGUGGUGAUCUUGCUGUAUCGUUGUCACAAUCAGGGCCUCAGUUUACUCAGGUGCUACGAGGAUCAUAUGCUAUCAAAGCGCGUCGCUUUUCAACCGCUUUAUCUGUUCUAAAAGACGAAUUCCUCCGAUCAAGAGAUUACCCACAAUGCCCUCCAACCUCCCACUUAUUCCACCGAUUCCGACAACUCGGAUACGCCUGCAUAAAGUAUGGUCAAUUCGACAGUGCAAAAGAAACAUUCGAAGUCAUAUCCGAUUACGAAAGCCUACUCGACCUAUUCAUCUGCCACCUCAACCCUAGCGCAAUGCGACGCCUUGCUCAAAGACUAGAAGAAGAAAACACCGAUUCAGAAUUAAGACGCUAUUGUGAAAGAAUAUUGAGAGUCCGUUCCACCGGUUGGACCCAGGGUAUUUUCGCCAAUUUCGCUGCUGAAUCCAUGGUUCCUAAAGGACCCGAAUGGGGCGGGGGCAAUUGGGUAAUUAAAACACCCGCGAGCACAAAAACCAUCCCCCAAUGGGAAUUGGCGGCUGAAGUUAUGCCGUAUAUGAGAACAGACGACGGCAGCAUACCCUCGUUGUCAACCGAUCACAUCGGAGUUUACCUAGGAUUAAUCAAAGGCAGGGGUAAUAUCGUCGAAGUUCGCGACGAUAGUUUAGUGAAAAUUAAAGAUAAUAAUAAAAUCGUUGCUUCCACGUCUGUCGUUGCUUCCACUUCUAGUGACACGUCAUCAUCUCAAUUGAUGAAUCUUGAUUCUCUUACGAAGGCGGAUUCGAACGUAGAACAGGCGAAAGCUGAAGAGGAAUUUAAGAAAUCGAUGUAUGGGACAGCUGGCGAUGGAAGUAGUAGCGAUGAAGAGGGUGUUUCCAAAACUAAAUUGCGUAUAAAGAUAAAGGAAAAAACCGCGGCUCCUGUUACUGUGGAUUUGGAUAAAAUUAAGGAAGCGACUAAACAGUUUAAAUUAGCUGAUGCUUUGGGUGCACCAAUUAGAACUAAAUCAUCAACCGGAAUGAAUAUUAAUAAUAAUAUUAAUAUUAAUACUCCUCAACCCGUAAACAAUCCUCCAGUUUCAGCUCCGGUUGAUCCGUUUGGGGACGGUUAUUUCACGCAAACGCCGCCAGUGUUUCCGGCAGGUGGUCCGGCGGUGGCAACCGGAGCGGCGGUGGGGCCGCGGCCGAUUCCGGAGGAUUUUUUUCAGAAUACUAUUCCGUCGUUACAGGUGGCGGCUGCAUUGCCGCCACCUGGCACUUAUCUUUCGAGAUACGAUCAGAAUCCUCAAGGGAGACCAUCGGGGCCUCCCGCUAGUGAAAUUCCUCAAGUGCCUGUGAAUGUUCCGGUUUCUACAGAGUCGUUUGGACUUCCGGAUGGCGGUGUGCCGCCACAAUCCAUGGCUCCUCCACCUGUUGCCAUGCCGCCACUUCAGGCGGUGGUCAACGCUCCGGUGUUGACCCAGCCGCUUGAUUUAAGCUCCCUUGAAGGUCCGGGAGCUGUGAAUGUAGUGAAAGCUUCUGAGCCUCCUCCUCCAACAUCUGUGCGACCUGGACAGGUUCCACGUGGGGCUGGUGCUUCAAUUUGUUUCAAGACUGGGCUAGUGCAUCUUGAACAGAAUCAACUACCAGAUGCAUUAUCAUGUUUUGAUGAAGCUUUUCUUGCAUUAGCAAAGGACAAUUCUCGUGGAGCUGAUGUAAAGGCACAAGCCACAAUUUGUGCUCAGUAUAAAAUCGCAGUCACCCUACUUCAGGAAAUCGGGCGACUACAAAAGGUCCAAGGUGCAAGUGCAAUAAGCGCAAAAGACGAAAUGGCAAGACUCUCACGUCACCUCGGGUCACUACCACUCCAAGCAAAACACAGAAUAAAUUGCAUACGAACAGCCAUAAAACGAAACAUGGACGUGCAAAAUUACGGAUAUGCCAAACAAAUGCUUGAAUUACUUUUAUCAAAAGCUCCACCGGGUAGACAGGAUGAAUUAAGAAGCUUGAUUGAGAUAUGUUUACAAAGGGGGUUGACCAAUAAGUCAAUCGACCCACUUGAAGACCCUUCACAAUUCUGUGGUGCAACACUUAGCCGAUUGUCGACUAUUGGGUAUGAUGUUUGUGAUGUUUGUGGGGCUAAGUUUUCGGCUUUGGCUUCUCCCGGGUGUAUUAUUUGUGGUAUGGGGAGUAUUAAGCGGUCCGAUGCACUUGUGGGACCCGCUCCUGUUCCUUCGCCUUUUGGGUGAGUGAUGAAUGUGUGUUGUAGGUUUUUUUUGUGUGUAAAGACUAAGAUACCCCCGACAAUUUAGAUUUGAUUUGUGUGUAUACGGAUUCAAAUGGUGGUUUUUGUUUUACGAGGCUUGUUGUAUAAGAGAUAGGUUAAAGCUUGUUUAAAGAGAAG